AUGAAUGCUAUCCCAUGCCUUCGUGUGUCGCAACGUCAUGCGCAGGAGUUUAGGAAGUAUCUACAGUCCCAAGGUCUGCUGGACCUUAGAUUCAGUUUGCAGAAGGACAACGAUGGGACCGUGACCCUUCCCAUCACACCAUCCCGCGUAUCACAGCUUGACAUACAGACCCUCAAAACCAGAGUGGCUUCAGAUUGUAAAUGUGAAAUCAUCUGGAACCAGGCUCCUCAACAGUCAAAAAGCGAGAGAGGAAGGAGAUGUGUUAAUAAACUAGAGAAAAUCCUACAGGACUUGCUGGAAUCUCACAGUGAAAGUUUGACCGAGGACCUGAGAGGGGACAUCCCUCAUAGCUGUCAGCGUCAUGGUGACUUUGUCCUACUGGGAGAGAACUGUUUCUCUUUGCCUCUAUGGGAAAAAAUUGGUCAAGAGCUGUGGCUAGCGGUGGCCAAAGGCCUGGGUGUGAAACGCCUUGCACGGAUGAGUCGAAUCUCCAGGGAUGGGUUCAGAACUCCUGAAGUGACCAUGUUGUUAGGGGAGCACACCUGGGUGAUGCAUACAGACAAUGGAAUCAGGUAUGAGUUUGAUGUCACCAAAUCCAUGUUCUCAGCUGGAAACAUCACAGAGAAGCUCCGCAUUGCUACAUUUGACUGCAGAGGGGAAACUGUAGUGGAUUUAUAUGCAGGUAUUGGAUACUUUACUCUCCCCUAUUUGGUUCAUGCUGGGGCCAGCCAUGUCCACGCUUGUGAGUGGAAUCCUCAUGCACUGAUAGCACUUCAGAAAAACCUUGAGGGAAACCGGGUGUCUAAUCGUUGUACUAUUCACCCUGGGGACAAUCGACAAGUAAGGAUGUAGAUAUCUUUUUACGUUAUGUGAAUGUGCAUAUAAUGUGCAUUAUACAGUAACAUCAUUGACAUGCAUUUUCAAUAUUUUUGCAACCACGUCUUAAUUCAUUUCGUGCCCUUUUGAAAUUUCUAUUAUUUGGUAUUAUGCUGAGCACGUCUUAAUUCCCGACAUCCCCGUUCAGCAGCCUUUCAGUCCAGCCGAAUGUCUCAGUCGACUGGAAAUCCCUCAUUGGUCAUCUUAAACAAGCAUAGCAUCACAUAAGUAUGAAUUAGGCUUUUAUGAAAAUUAUACCAAGUAUAUGAAACUUGACAACUACCUUUCUAAUAUUCCAUGUCUCCAUUAUCUCAAGGCUCAAAUGUCUGCACCCCCUUUUAUCUACAUACAUCUGUCCUUCAUCACAUAAGUGAAAUUAUCAGGGGAAAUCAACUAAGAUUCAUACCUUUCAACUGGAGUUUCUUAAUCAGUCUAAUUCAGUGAAAGAGUGGGUAUUUCUCAUUUUAUACAUUCAGUGUAUGAGGGGUUCUUAAAUUUAUGUUUUUAA